AUGUCUUCCGUGAGCUCGUCGUCGUCGUCUGGCAGUAAACCCGAUAAGAUCGACCCCGUCCUCCGCAAUGCGCUCCGCUACACCGUCAGCGCGAAGGAAUACAAGCUCCUCCACCGGUACCUGAUAUCUCGCGCGCCGGCUGUGAAGAAGAGAACGCCUCCACCUCCGCGGUAUGAGGCGAUUGUCAAGAGCGGCGAUGAUUACAAUGCGGCGGCUAUCCGCGCGUCGCUGAGGCUGGCAGUGACGACGUAUGGAGCGCUCAAGGCGUGGGAGUACUUCACGACGAGGGUUUUGGCGAGGGGGAGGGUUGUGCCGCCCAAGACGAAGACAUCCCUCUGGAAAUCCCCCAACGUCCGCCUCUCAUGCUCCCUCUCCCUAAUCCUCCUCUUCCACCGCCUCCUCCACCGCUUCUUCACGCGCCUCCGCGAGAGCCUCCUCACCGACCAGGCGAAGCCCUUCCGGCGGCGCAACCCGCGCGUCUCCCGAACCCUCACCUCCCGCCUCGCGCCCGCCAUCGGCGCCAGCCUCUCCGGCUUCUUCCUCGGCGUCUACCCGAGCGACCAACUACGCAUCACCAUCGCCAUCUACAUCUUCACACGAGCCCUCGAGUUCGUGUACAACGGCCUCGAAGACCGCGGCUGGUUCAAGAACCGGCCGUGGUGGUUCGGCAGCUGGCUCUGCAUGCCCGUAGCCUGCGGGCAGCUGCUCCACGCCUUCGUCUUCGACCGCGACUGCUUCCCCGAGUCGUACGGCCGCUUCAUCCUGAACCACUCCCCGCAGUACAUCCAGGCUCGCCCCGCCACCUACCCCUCCCACCUCGCCUGGCCCUCCACUUUCUCCAUCGUGGAUAACCUGGCCGAGAUAUCCCGGCUCAAAUGGCCGCCUUUCAUCUCGCCGAUCCUCUUCCCAAACGCCCAGACCCUCCCGGCCUCCGUCCGCACAAUCUCGCCCAUCACCUCGCCUGCCCAUCCCGCCAUCAAAUCCCUCUCCUGCGCGCUCCUCCACCCGCAUGACCCCUCCUGCCUCCGCACAUAUGUCAGCUACUGGAUCCAGGCCUUCCCGCCCGUGGCGCGCUUCUUCGCGCUCGUGUUCAGCGCCAUGGGCGUGCUGCGGUACAAGGCGUUUGCCGCGGACCCGGUGAGAGCGGUUGCGCGGCUCGUGAAGAGCGUGCUGAGGAUGAGUCUGUUUAUCACGGGGAGUAUUGGCACGAGCUGGGCGUCUAUUUGCCUGUUUGCGCACUUCUUGCCCCGGAAGGUGCUCCCGACGCAGAGGUGGUUCCUCGGCGGGUUUUUGGGCGGGUGUUGGGCUUUCUUGGAACGGAAGUCUGGGAGGAGUAAUUUCUUGUAUAGUGCGAGGUUGAGUCUGGAUAGUUUGUGGAAGGUGGGUGUGAAGCAUGGGUGGUGGAGGGGCGUGAAGAAUGGGGAUGUGUUGCUCUUCGUGGCGAGCUUGGCGGUGGUGAAUGCGGUGUACGAGGUUGAUCCGAAGGCGGUGAGUGGAGGAGUUGUGAGGAAGGGGCUGGGGAUGUUGAGGGGGGAGGGGUGGGUUGAUCGGGCGGCUUUGUCGGGCGGUGCGGUGGGUAGUAUUGCUGGGGAUAAGGAUGCGGAGGGUGAGGCGAAGAUGAGGGAGAGGGAGAUCAAGGACACGGGCGUUGAGAUUCUUGAUGGUGAGGAGGAGGAAUUAGAGAAGAGGGAGUAG